CGCGUAGUUUCCCGCCACUGUCCUGCCAGAUAUCCCUACAGCCUACCAGGACAAAGAUAAUUUUUCCACUAUUUACAGUCGUUCCACAGAGCCCAUCAGCACCAGGAUGUUUUGUUCAUCAGUGGCCAAAUGUGGUGGUGAUAGCAUGCACUCACUCUUCAGUGUUCAUCUCAUCCUGAUGCUGAUGAGGAAGACAUAAAUUGUGGCGGAGCUGCAUUGGACUAUUCCAAGAAAGGAAUAAAGGAUAAAAGCUCUGGGCCUAUAAACCAUCAACAGCACCUGAUGAAAGUUGAGCAUCUUGAAAGCAUCAGAGCAGAUAAUUCAUAUGAAAUGAACAGACAUAAGACUGCUGCACGUAGAGACAACAUGGAGAUGACCCAGAACUUCAGUCAAGAGAACUACGGAAAUGGAGAUCUGUCUUCUUCAGACGAUGACUCGUUAAGCUUGUUGAAGGAUCUCAGUCCCAGGCAAAACAAAGAAGUAGCUCAGGUUGUGCUCAUAGCUCAUUCAGAUCCAAAAGCUGGGAACAAAGAGACAAAACAGAAAAGAGAGAUGAAAAUAAAUCACCUCAAACCAACUGAACCUGUGACGUCCAACUGUAUCCAGUCUACAUCAGGCUACGCAGAGGCUUCAUCACAAGCAGCAAAAGUCUCACGACGUGUGAAAAUUCCCUCCCAAAAAAACCUUCACAAGAGAAAUGGAAAGGGAGAGACUCUUCUACACGCUGCAUGCAAGAAAGGAGAUCUCGAUCAAGUCAAAAUGCUCAUUCAAGCAGGAAUCAGUGUCAACAUGGAGGACUACGCAGGAUGGACGGCUCUUCACGAGGCGUCUGCUGUGGGCAAUGAAGCGGUGGUGGAGGAGCUGUUGAAGGCUGGAGCUGAUGCUAAUGUUAGAAGCUGUGAUGGAGUGACACCUCUACAUGACGCUGUUUUCAGUGGACACUAUCAGGCAGUGAAGCUUCUCCUUCAGUCUGGAGCAAAUCCCAGCGACAGGAACACUAGUGGCCUCAGUGCAUUAGAUAUGGCAAAGGAAGAACACAUCAAAGAGCUGCUCAGGACUUUUCAGGUGUCUUCUGUUAAUCACACAAAGUCCUAUAAUGCAUCUUCACAGCACAGACAACCAGGUGCCACGUCCUCAGAGCCUCGCUGCCAGAGCAGUCGUAACUGCAGUGCAACCUCAAACCUACAGUGGAAGGAUUCAGGUGAUAAAGCCAAAGCCAGGGGGCCCAGAGACUUUCAGCUGAGACAGAAAGAUGCCACCACUCAUAAUCCAAGUCAUUCAGAGGCAAUAACUGUGAUUUUGGGGGAGGUCAGAAGGAAACAAACAGAAAUGUCAACUUGGCCUCUGACAAGUCUGAAUGAUGCAGACAGAUAUCAUGCAGCUCUAACAGAGAUCCAGAGUGUGCUGAUUGAGGCGCUCGCCAAGCAGCAGUCGGAGAAGGAUAAUCUUGCCCGAAAAUAUCGGAGCGUGCCUGACUGCCUUCGUCAUUGUUUGCUAAAAAGUCAGAUCUCGUCCCUUGCUUCAUGCCAGAGAACCUUGAUAGAGAUCCUCCAGGAGCAAAUGGAUUUGGUGGACAUGUACAUUACCAUGAGAGCCAAACUUUCACUGGAUUCUUCAAAACCCAGAGAAACACGUGGAUAUAAUCAACGUAGUCAUAAAGCACCUACACCUGCUAGUCUGUUGAGGUCGACCAGAUGCCACCAGUCAGCCAGUAGCUGUCCAGACACUCCACAGCCAGGAAGUGCUUUACAACGUUUCAGUAUAAUGAUCAGACGAAAAAAUGCUUUGAUUCAGAACAGAGUCGAGGACAACAGCAGAUGUCUCUCUGUGCUCAUACAGAGGGGAAUCGUCUCACCUGGAAGUGCCCUACAGCUGCUGUUGAAGGGUCACUGUCACUUUGCUAAUGUGCUGGCUGAUGGCUCCAUUCUGAGUAAAGGAAAGGUGCACUUGGCUCCUGAAUGCUGGCUCAAGUCGAUUCUUGGGAAAAACAUCCCAGUCAGCUCAACAUAUGCCUGGGACAAGGUGACACUCAGAGGCAGACCUUUGUCUUUUUACUUACUGAACAUGGAGGGUGAUGAAAACACGCCACAAAGGUGUCUUGAGGAAAACCGCACAGGCAGUUCUUCUAAAGAGCUGAUAACUACUGGCAAGUUCAUGUCUGCUGGAACAGAGAGCUUGAACCAUCACAUGAAGAUCAAGAUCAUCCAUUUGGUGAAUGAUGAAGAGCUGCUGCCAAAUGCUGUAAUGGACACGUACUGGGACAAGCUCAUAAAGGAAGACUACUCAGAGUCUGAAGACUGGCCCUCAGAUGUAAAAAGCUGAUGGUGUAUGGUUGUCUCCUUGCCAAGCGGGCAGCGUGACCUUGACUUCAAGGUCAGACUAAGUUUUCUGGAAAACUUGCAAGUGCAAGAAUUCUAUCUUUUUUGUUUUUGUUUUAAUGUAGAGAGUUUUUUCUCAUUUAUUGACCGCUUUAAUCUCAUAUAAUAUCCAGAUGUUCUUGGUCAUAAAAUCAGAAAUUCAGAUUGCUUUUCUCUGAAUAUUAGGAACCAUCAGUAGUCAUAAUACUUUUCAGUUAUUAUCACCAUUAAAGCGUCACUGAAGCCCCUGAAACCCUAACUUCAGUUCCCAGAGGUCUGAUCAACAUUAAUGGGAAAAGAAAAGCAUCUGAAGUCAUCUCAAAGUUUAUUAAAAACAAAGUCUAGCUAAUUGUGAUUGUGUUCCUCUGAAAAUUACCAUCACUUCCAGCUGUGUUUUAUUUUUUUUUUUUUAAAUGAUCAUCAGUAUCGGAGCAUCAUUGAAGACAAGGGCUCAGCUCACAGAAAGCAAACUAAUUUUCAUUUUCAUUCAUGACAGCAACAGCACUGGGGUAAAAAGUCAGGUCUGUAUGAUUUAAAAAGAUUGGACGGACUAUUUGUGAUAUUAUAAUCUCAGAGAAUGUACUUUUUCUUAUAUUUUAAGAAAUAUUUUUCUUAAAUUUAUCACUUAAAUUUCAAGAAUAUCACAAGCUUUUUUCUGUAAAUGUACAGCUAUAUUGUUGCACGGUAUGAUUUUUUUUAUCCUCUGACUAUAACAUGCUUCCUUUUAACCAGUGAGGAGUCUUGGUUAAAAACAUUGGCACCGGUCAUUCUAACACUGGCAGAAAUGUGGGACCCAAACACGGCACCUAAAGAUGGUUCAACCACCAGCAGGUGGCAGCAUACACUGCACAGACAACCAGACAACAAUAAGUGUGUCAGAGAGGAAAGAUUCCCCCCUGCAGAAACAGGAUGUGUCCAGACAUGGGGGUUUGUACAGUCAUGUGAUCCCACUCUGCUCCUCCUUAUCUCUUAUGUAAUCCCCAUCUCAGCUGUGGGUUGCCCCCACCCCACCCCUCACAACUGCUGACCUGAAUAUGGUAAUUGUGACCACUUAUCUGUAGAUGUAUAUGUUUUCUUUCUCUAGAAACUGAUGUGCGGAGAACAUAGAUGUCUUGAGGAGUAAAGUAAUGGAGUCUGUAGGUCUGUGUGAUGGAUUGUUAAGCCUGCACACAGCAGCUGUCACACCACUUCCUUGUUGGCAGUGUGUGGUGAAAAAUUUGUGUUAUUUUCCAUUGCUGAUCUUCAUUAAAAUGUAAGGGAGUGUUGUUAAGAGAUCAAUUUACUGAGGAAGUAGCAUGCCUUUAAAAAUGGCCAGAAAUGCUUUGUAGGCAGAAGAAAGACACAGAUGAAGAUAAAUCAGGCUUUUUAAUAAUGAACAAGUUAAUAAAGCUGGAUCAGGAUAACACAUUAAUUCAGUUCAGCUUG